GUUACCCUGACUUUUCCGGUUUGUCUCUCAUCGGCAUCAUUUUCGCGCGAAAUGGGAUGUUUUUCAACCAGUGAACGUCGCAAGUAAAUGCACGAUCCAGAAGGUGAAACUCGACGGACAGUCAGUUUGCUUGUCAAUUUUAGCUAGCAUGGAAUCCUAUUUGCCUAUCAUCUUCCAUCUUAAGGAGAUUGCCAGUCAUUACAAACAUACGGGAAAGCUCCCUGCCCUCCUAGGGGAUUGCCAUUCAUCUUUAGCUGUAACAGAUACUACCUCUUGUGAGAAUGAAGAGAAAGGCAAAAGUCCUGAGGCGUCUGAACCUUAUAUCCCAGUUUCAUGCUGCGGUCUCUCCUUCCGUUUUCCAAGCCAUUAUAAGAAUCAUUUAGACUCUGACUAUCACAAUUCUAGGCUUGAACGGACAUGUUCUGUUUGUGCCAAAUAUUUCAAUACCAAGAAAGCAUUAGCAGCACACAAGAAAGAGCAUGAUGUCAAGUUACCUUGUGAGGUUUGUGGCAUUAUUUUCACCAGUGGAUAUUUAUUGUCAGCACAUAAGAGACAAAUGCACAGUUCAUCCUUAUCAAUUAAAUGUGAUAAAUGUCCAUUUAAAACUUGGAAUAAGUAUUAUUUAACGAGGCAUAAAAGAAGAUGUAUUGCUCUUAAACCGACUGUUAAUCAGUCUCAGAAAAGUAGUUUUGAACCAAUUGAUUGUUGUGGCCAUACCUUCAAAUAUGCAUCUCACUUGGAGAGGCACAAAAAACACUGCAGACAAACCAAGACUUACAAUUGUAAGAUGUGUAAUGAAUAUUUUGAAGAAGAAGAAUCUCUUAAUCAACAUAGGAUAAAUGUGCAUAAAAUUGAGGGUGGGAGAUGGACUUGUAUGAUCUGCAAUGAAACUUUUAGUACCAAUGGGAUUCUGAAGACCCACAUGCAAUCAGUUCAUAUCAAAUCUACAGUGUUCGAAUGUGCCAAGUGCCCAUUUUCUUCACACAGAAAGGAUUUUCUAAAGAGACACUUCCUUAGCUGUCACGCUGAAAAAGCUCCACGCUUCUGUUGUGACCAUUGUGGCCGUUCUUUUGUUAGGAAAGAUACACUGGCGGCUCACAUUAAGAAUAUCCAUUUCUCAAAUAUUCCCCAUUGUGAAAUUUGUUCUCGUCAGUUCAAGACUAUUGAAGAAGUUGAGAAACACAAACUUUCCCAUCGACCAUGUCAAAUAUGUGGCAAGAAAUUUACUCUUCUUAAGCAUCGAGAAGCUCAUAUUCGGAAACAUCUGUCACAAAAUGGUCAAAGUUCUAUUAAGAAAACAUCAGCUUGAAAUUGAAUGAAAUAGUGAGGUGUGAGUUCCUCCAAACACAGUCUUGCUAUACUUGAUUUUUUUUGCACAGUUCUUACCCCUGUGUUAAAUUUGGAAACUGGUUGUAGUCAAAUUUGUACCUUAGCUUAAUGAUGACUUUCAGACUGUUAGAGGCUACUCUAAUUAUGAUACACAUUUGUCAUUUGUUUUGUAUUGUUAUCUGUGCCAUUUGAGGAAGCUCAUAGAGAGUGAAAGUUAAGAACUGAAAUUUUCUAAUGAUGGAACGGAAUGAAAAAGUUUCUUUUGUCUUUUUGAUUAUUUUGUUCAUGGAAGUGAUUGAACAGUAUUCUUUGUGCAUGAUACUAAGGUUGUGAAGUGCAAUGUAAGAGAAAUUAUUUUCCAGCCAAUAUUCUCAUGUUUCCACUGUCAACCAUCAUCAAUUUAGGGCAAAGACCUUAAACUUGAAUAGUUUUGCAGUUUUCCAUAUCUUUAUUUGUAUACGGCAUUCACAAAUUAUUAGACAAAAGAUGUUGUCUCAUAUAGUGCUGGAAUGUAAUCUACUCCAGUUCCUUGAGCACCUCUCUGCAACCGAUCUGUAAUUGGAAUUCCGUAUUGCUGUUAAGAAAUAAAAUAUUUUGAGAUAAA